GACUCGAAAAAGCCUCCUACUACUACCCAACAAAACUGCCUCGACGUUUCUAUGAGUUGCGUUCACAUUAGGCAAUCGCCUCAUAAAAGAUCUCCAUAUUUUUCUCUUUUAAGAUUUCAUCUCGUUGCUAGGUGUUGAGAGAGAGAGAGAGAGAGAGAGAGAAAUGGACGCCCUUGACUCCGUCGUCGAUCCUUUGAGAGACUUUGCCAAGGACAGCGUCCGCCUCGUCAAGCGCUGUCACAAGCCCGAUCGCAAAGAGUUCACGAAGGUGGCGUUCCGUACUGCGAUCGGUUUUGUAGUGAUGGGAUUCGUCGGAUUCUUCGUUAAGCUUAUCUUUAUUCCUAUUAACAACAUCAUUGUUGGCUCCGCUUAGGUUUGUAGACAUUGCUGGAGGAUGUGACCAUUAUGAUUGGUUGCAACUUGUCAUCAAAGAGGAAUGUUAGAAUACAGCGUUUAGCGAACAGCCCCUUCCCUUCCUUAUAAAUGUAUUGAGUUGAAAUAGAAACCUUGAAUCUGAAGUCAAUUGGAAUUUCUUUGAGCCUCUGUAAUAGAUUCUGAUUAAUUUUGCCUUUGACUUCAGAGUGUUUCUUAUUGUGCUAUUUCGAGAAAAAGAAACAAAUGAUGAGGAAAUUCCUCCUUAACAAACAGUAAGUGCUUUGCAGUCUUU